CCGUCCCCGGUCAUCCCAGCGCGAGGAAAACGGGAUUUAUGUCCCAACCUCGCGAUACUCUCCUCCCACCGCGCUCUCUCUCCCUCCCCGCACCGGGGGCGAUCAAGCGGCGGGGAUGACGGGAGAGUGUCCGGACAGCCCCAGCAGCCCGCGGACGCCCCGACACGCACCAAGCCCUGCGCUCCGUCUGCACUCAGCGCGGCUCCGGUUCUCCUGCUGCGGAGGGAAAUCUGACCCGGGAACCUCCGGAACCAGCUCGGGACUUCCUACCUGUCCAGCCAUCAGCUGCCCGACUCCCCGCUGAGGACCCGCGGACACCCGGCCGUCUGUUUCUGGAGUUACCGGAGUUUUUGUGCGGGGCGAUGCGGGAGCGGGCGGAGUGAAGCCGCGCGCCCGGUGCGCACUGCCUGUUCCCCGGGUGGAGAGGCGCGCAGCUCCCCGCCGCUCCUCUUCAUCACUGCUUCUUCAUCUGUUUGGAUUUUAACCCCGCGGGUCGGCCGGAGCUGUUCGCCCAUGGAUCCGCCGCUCCGCGCCCCCUGUGCGGGUCAGUGAGCGGGACGCAGCGGGAUGUUGUGAUUUAAACCCGCAGCUUUUACCGCAGGACUUUCACAUCUGGUAUACCGGGCCAGUUAGCAGCAGGAUCAGGAUGAGAAGAUGGCUGGCUACGUGUUUCCAAUGGGACCAGAGAGCUUUAAGCGCUUCACGCCGGACUCCCUGGCGGCCAUCGAACAGCGCAUCGCCCAGGAGGAGGCCCGACGCAAAAAGCAGUACCAGGAGGACCUGGGCGAUGUGGAGCUGCCCCGGCCCCGGCCCGACCUGGAGGCGGGGAAGCAGCUGCCCCGGAUCUUUGCCGACAUCCCGUCUCACCUGGUGGGCGUUCCCCUGGAGGACAUCGACCCCUACUACUUCAGGGACCAGAGGACUUUCAUAGUGCUGAACAAAGGGAAGGCCAUCUUCCGCUUCAGCGCCACGUCGGCGCUCUACAUGUUCAGCCCGUUCCACCCCAUCCGCAGGCUCGCCAUCCGGAUCCUGGUCCAUUCUUUGUUCAGUUUGUUCAUCAUGUGCACCAUCCUGACCAACUGCUGCUUCAUGGCCAUGUCGGAGCCGGCCAACUGGGCCAAGUACCUGGAGUACACCUUCACAGGUAUUUACACCUUCGAGUCGCUCAUCAAGAUCCUGGCCAGAGGCUUCUGCGUGGGGCCCUUCACCUUCCUGAGGGACCCCUGGAACUGGCUGGACUUCAGCGUCAUCGUCAUGGCGAUGUUAACAGAGUUUAUCAAAGUAGGAAACCUGCAGGCGCUGCGAACGUUUAGAGUGCUGAGAGCCCUGAAAACUAUCUCAGUCAUCCCAGGCCUGAAGACGAUCGUCGGCGCUCUGAUCCAGUCGGUGAAGAAACUCGCUGACGUCAUGAUCCUCACCGUUUUCUGCCUGAGCGUCUUCGCCCUCAUCGGCCUGCAGCUCUUCAUGGGAAACCUGCGGCAGAAAUGCGUCCGCAGCACGGAGCACUGCAUCAACGGCAGCCUGCCGGCCAACACCUCCUUCUUCUGCAAUAACAAGACCUGGGCCUCCAUCAAGGACUUCAUCGAAGACGAAGAUAAUUUCUACAAAGUGGAAGGAGCCAAGGAUGCCUUAAUCUGUGGAAACAGCAGCGACGCAGGGAAGUGUCCCGACGGGUUCGACUGCCUGAAGACGGGCAGAAACCCAAACUACGGCUACACCAGCUUCGACACGUUCGGCUGGGCCUUCCUGUCGCUGUUCCGGCUGAUGACCCAGGACUACUGGGAGAACCUCUACCACCACACGCUGCGGUCGGCCGGGAAGACCUACAUGGUGUUCUUCGUGGUGGUCAUCUUCCUGGGCUCCUUCUACCUGAUCAACCUGAUCCUGGCCGUGGUCGCCAUGGCGUACGAGGAGCAGAACCAGGCCACCAUCGCCGAGGCGUGUCAGAAGGAGCGCGAGUUCCAGCAGGCCAUGGAGAGACUGAAGAAAGAGCAGCAGAUGGCGGCGCAGAAACCGCCGGACUCCGACUCCCUGACCUCACCAGACCUCUCACCUCUUGGCCCGCCGCUGGACAGCUCCGAGGAGCGGAGGCGGAGCCAGGCGCUGAUGGGUGUGGCCGACGGGGAGGGGAACCUGUCGGAGGAGAAGCUGCUGCAGGUGGACUUGAUGGACGGGGGAAAGGCCCUCCAUCCUCUCCUCGCUCGCUCCUUCUCCACGCAGACGCGACGAAGCAGUCAGGUGUCGUCCAUCUUUAACUUCCGGCUGAGGAGCCGAGGGUCGGAAGGCGAGAUGGCGGACGACGAGUUCAGCGUUCCCGGCGACGUGGUGGACAGCGUCGGCGGCAGGACGUACAGCGGCGGGACGUUCAGCGGCAUCCUGACCAACCCCUGGCCCAAACGCAGACUCAGCACCUACAGCACGGCCAGCAGGAACUCCCAGGUGUUUUAUCCCACCCUGAACGUCAACGGGAAGCUGUUCGUCUCCAUGGACCAGAACGGGGUCUCCCCGCCGCCGCUGCAGGGGCAGCUGCCCGCCUGCACCAUGGAGAAGGUCAAGGAGGAGAGCGUCCCGACGUCCACCACGGAGCUCAGCACCAUGCUGCUGCCUCGACCUUCGUCCACGCAGGGGUCAGAGCGGAGGGGGAGGGCAAUGAGCGCCGCCAGCUACCUGACCGACGUCAUGGAGGAGCUGGAGGAGUCCCAUAAGAAGUGCCACCCCUGCUGGUACGUGUUCGCCCACCGAUACCUGGUGUGGGAGUGCUCCCCCUCCUGGCUGCGGCUGAAACAGCUGGUGAAGAUCAUGGUGAUGGACCCCUUCCUGGACCUGGCCAUCACCGUCUGCAUCGUCCUCAACACGCUCUUCAUGGCCAUGGAGCAUUACCCAAUGACGCCCGAGUUCAACGGGAUGCUGAGCAUCGGAAACCUGGUGUUCUCAGGGAUCUUCACAGCGGAGAUGGUUCUGAAGAUCAUCGCCUUGGACCCGUACUACUACUUCCAGACGGGCUGGAACAUCUUUGACAGCAUCAUCGUGUGCCUCAGCCUCAUGGAGCUCGGAUUGUCUGAUGUGGAGGGGCUCAGCGUCCUGCGCUCCUUCCGGCUGCUGCGUGUUUUUAAGCUGGCCCGCUCCUGGCCGACCCUCAACACGCUCAUCAAGAUCAUCGGGAACUCCAUGGGCGCCCUGGGCAACCUGACGCUGGUCCUCGCCAUCAUCGUCUUCAUCUUCGCCGUGGUGGGGAUGCAGCUGUUCGGGAAGAACUACCAGGAGUGUGUGUGUAAGAUCUCCAAGGACUGCGUCCUCCCCCGCUGGCACAUGAAGGACUUCUUCCACUCCUUCCUCAUCGUGUUCCGGGUUCUGUGCGGCGAAUGGAUCGAGACCAUGUGGGACUGCAUGGAGGUGGCGGGGCAGCCGCUCUGCAUCCUCGUCUUCAUGCUGGUCAUGGUUAUCGGAAACCUGGUGCUGCUGAACCUCUUCCUGGCUCUGCUCCUCAGCAGCUUCAGCUCCGACAACCUCUCCGCCCCAGAUGAAGACGGGGAGAUGAACAACCUCCAGAUCGCCAUCCACCGGAUCACUCUGGGCCUGGGCUGGUGCCGCCGACAGGUGGUGGACUUCUUCAACGGGAACCUGAAGCGGCGCCGGCAGAAACGAAAAGAGGCCAAAGCCAUGAUGAAGCUGAAACGGCUGAGCACCGUUCACACUGAGGCCAACGGCGCCGUCAUCGGCCGCCAUGUGGAGAAGUACGUGGUUCCGGAGGACGACAGCUACAUGACCAACCCCAACCUGACCAUCAGCGUUCCCAUCGCCCCCGGAGAGUCCGACGUGGAGUUUCCGGAGGAAGAGGAGGAGGAGGAAGAAGAGGAGGGUCAGGAGGAGCAGAGCGAGGGAUCCGAGGGAGACGAGGAGAGAGAGGAGGAGCAGAAAGAGGAAGUCAGCCUGUCAGAAGGCAGCACAGUGGACCUGAGGAAGCCUGGCGAGGAAGAGGACGAGUACUCAGAGCUGGCCGAAGAGGCCAUGGACCCGGACAACUGCUUCCCUGACGUGUGCGUGUCCCGGUUCCAGUGCUGCGACAUCGACACCACGGCGGGUCUGGGCCAGAUGUGGUGGAGAACGAGGAAGACCUGCUACCAGAUCGUAGAGCACAGCUGGUUCGAGUCCUUCAUCAUCUUCAUGAUCCUUCUCAGCUCGGGAGCUCUGGCCUUCGAGGACAUCUACAUCGAGCAGAGAAGGGUCGUCAAGGUGGUGCUCGAAUAUGCUGACAAGAUCUUCACCUACAUCUUCAUCCUGGAGAUGGUGCUCAAAUGGCUCGCAUACGGCUUCAAGAAGUACUUCACCAACUACUGGUGCUGGCUGGACUUCCUCAUCGUCGAUGUUUCGUUGGUCAGUCUGGUGGCCAACACGUUGGGUUACUCCGACCUGGCAGCCAUCAAGUCCCUGCGGACGCUGCGGGCCCUGCGGCCCCUCAGGGCCCUGUCCAGAUUUGAAGGCAUGAGGGUGGUGGUGAACGCCCUGAUCGGCGCCAUCCCCUCCAUCAUGAACGUGCUGCUGGUCUGCCUGAUCUUCUGGCUCAUCUUCAGCAUCAUGGGCGUCAACCUUUUCGCCGGGAAGUUCGGCCGCUGCGUCAACCGGACCGGCUUCGUGUACGACGCCUCGAUCAUCAACAACCGGUCCGAGUGCAACGCCGCCAACGACACCUCGCAGCACUACUGGACCAAGGUCAAGGUCAACUUCGACAACGUCGGCGCCGGAUACCUGGCUCUGCUGCAAGUGGCCACCUUUAAGGGCUGGAUGGACAUCAUGUACGCCGCCGUGGACUCCAGAGCCACGGACGAGCAGCCGAUCAAGGAGAUCAACCUCUACAUGUACCUGUACUUCGUCAUCUUCAUCAUCUUCGGCUCCUUCUUCACCCUCAACCUCUUCAUCGGAGUCAUCAUCGACAACUUCAACCAGCAGAAACGAAAGUUAGGAGGGCAGGACAUCUUCAUGACGGAGGAGCAGAAGAAAUAUUACAACGCCAUGAAGAAACUGGGAUCCAAGAAGCCCCAGAAGCCCAUCCCCCGACCCCUGAACGACCUGCAGGGCUUCUUCUUCGACCUGGUGGGGAAGCAGGCCUUCGACAUCAUCAUCAUGGUUCUGAUCCUCCUCAACAUGAUCACCAUGAUGGUGGAGACGGACGAGCAGUCGCCGCAGAUGGAGAAGAUCCUCUACUACGUCAACCUGGCCUUCAUCGUCAUCUUCACCACCGAGUGCAGCAUCAAGAUCAUGGCGCUGCGCUGCUACUUCUUCACCGUCGGCUGGAACAUCUUCGACUUCGUGGUCGUCAUCCUCUCCAUCGUCGGAAUCGUUCUGGCCGACAUCAUUGAGAAGUACUUUGUAUCGCCGACUCUCUUCAGAGUAAUCCGACUGGCCCGGAUCGGGCGAAUCCUGCGCCUCAUCAGAGGAGCCAAGGGCAUUCGGACGUUACUGUUCGCCCUCAUGAUGUCACUUCCUGCCCUCUUCAACAUCGGGCUGCUCCUCUUCCUCGUCAUGUUCAUCUACGCCAUCUUCGGCAUGGCUAACUUCGCCUACGUGAAGCGGCAGGGGGGCAUCGACGACAUGUUUAACUUUGAGACGUUUGGGAACAGCAUGCUGUGCUUGUUCCAGAUCACCACGUCUGCAGGGUGGGACAGCCUGCUCAGCCCCAUCCUCAACAACUCCCCCGAGGAGUGCGACCCCCACCUGCCCCACACCGGCACCACCGUCAAGGGCAACUGCGGGAACCCGUCGGUGGGCAUCACCUUCUUCGUCACCUACAUCAUCAUCUCCUUCCUCAUCGUGGUCAACAUGUACAUCGCCAUCAUCCUGGAGAACUUCAGCGUGGCCACGGAGGAAAGCACCGAGCCGCUGAGCGAGGACGACUUCGAGAUGUUCUACGAGGUUUGGGAGAAGUUCGACCCAGAAGCCACGCAGUUCAUAGAGUACUCCAAACUGUCCGACUUUGCAGACUCUCUUCUGGAGCCUCUCCGCAUCGGCAAGCCCAACAAGAUCAAGCUGAUCUCCAUGGACCUGCCCAUGGUCAGCGGAGACAAGAUCCACUGCCUGGACAUCCUGUUCGCCUUCACCAAGCGCGUCCUGGGCGAGUCGGGCGAGAUGGACGCCCUCAAGCAGCAGAUGGAGGAAAAGUUCAUGAUUUCAAACCCUUCCAAGAUUUCCUACGAGCCGAUCACCACAACUCUGCGGCGCAAGCAGGAAGAAGUGUCGGCCACCAUCAUCCAGAGGUGCUAUCGGCGCCACCUAGUGAGGCGCCAGAUGAAGGCCGCCUCCUACAUGUACCGUCAGUUCACCACGCCCCGGCACGACCACAGCGAGGGCGAGGAGGGAGGCGAGGUGAUGUUUGGGGAGGACGCGCCUGAGAAGGAAGGGCUGAUAGCCACCAUGAUGAAGGAGAACUACGGGUCCAGUCUGCUGGGGGUGGAGCGCUCCUCCACCAUGUCCUCCACCUCAUCGCCGCCGUCCUACAACAGCGUGACGCGAGUCACGUCCGAAAACCUCCAACCGCUCGCUGCCAAGACAGAAACGGCCGAUGACAGCGACGUGAGAGAACAGUCGCAGGCUGAAGCCCACAGAGAGACGGAAACAGAACCUUAGCAGGAACCCAAAAAGAACAAGUUCUGAUUUUUACUGAAUGUACCGAAGGAUCGUCGGAUCAGCUGGGAAUCGGAGCCGGAUGCUGAAGAGAGGAAGAUUUACUACCUUUAGUCUUGUUCCCCGGUGGAGACUCAAAGAAAAACCAUUUUCUGAAAGCAGAUUAUGAAGAACCACCAACAGACGGAGGCUUCAUCUGAGACGUCAACCCAGAGCAAAACACCACAAUAAGGAGCUUGGUUCUGUUGGUUCUGUUGUGUCGGACUCUGACCGGGUCAGAUCGGUUAUAUCAUUUAUCGUCUCGGGGUCGGGAGGGUCCGCCUCCUUACCGGCUACCGGACGUAGGAUCGGCGGAUCCCGUCUGCGUUUCGACACCUGAAGGGUUUUCUGGCUGAGGCCUGAGAGGACAGCAAUGCUAUUUAAAGACCUUUUCGUAGUAAAAGUAUAACGUUGUUGAUGUUCCAAGUCUUUUAAUAUCGGUACAAUUAUUACUAUUUUUUAUAUUUUUUAGAGUAAGUUAAAAAUAAGCCUUCGGAGUGGCGCUCGCUGAAACGAACCGUCUGGUAAUUGAGAGAUGAAAACCUCAAAACCCGAAAAAAAAACUUUUUAUUUUCUUUUUGGGCGUUUUUUGCACUUUUGAGUUUACAUUUAGCUGUCACUUUACUGCGCCGUCAGUAAACGGUUGGGUUGCUUUUCUUCUGCUCCGACACCAAAAACUGAACGAAUGCACAAAUGAAUCCCAAACUCCCGAUUCGCCUCGGUGAUGAAGGUCCUGAUGAGCCCCGACCCGCCGAGCCCUGGGUGAUCUGCCAGAAAGUCCACCGAACGUCUUACCGAUCUGCAAGAGGAGACGACUGGCAGCGGCUCGUUUGUUGCCGAGGUAACCGAUGAUCGAAGCCUCUGUCAGAUCUGGCUGACAUCAUCAGGUGGUCUGACGGGAAAUGACCUGAACUUUAGGAUCCGUCUUUCUGGCAGAUCACCCGUCGUCAUUAACUUUGUGUCGGUCUGAGUUCGGCUCGAUGCGACGUUUCGUGGUUUGGCAGCCGGUUCCGACCCGGAUGAGAGCUCAGGAUUUUACUGCAUUCAGUUUGAGACAAAGCUGGAUGUUGAUCUCAUCGCUGGCGCUGCCAGCAGCGUCCAGGAGAAACUCUGGGUUUGUUUCUUUAUUAGCUUGUUGAUUUAUUUUCCGAGGCAGAUUUUUAGCUCCUAUAGAUUUUAGCUCUUCAAUGCAAAAUUUUCUACAAGAAGCUUCAGGUUUGAUAUGUAAGUUUGAAACAGAAACACUUUGUCUCUGCACAAGCAUCUGCAGCCGGAGCCACUGACGGUUGAAAGGCUAAAGUCGUCUUUAAGUUUUGUUUACCAGGAUGUUUCUACCUUUUUGGACGUUCAGUUGAUCUUCCUUUAAGGAUAAUUAUCCAGUUUGUGGGUUGGGCUGUAAAAUCCUCUCUGCUGAUGCCAAGCAGCUUCAGCUGAAGGUUGAGUCCUGUUGCAGAAACACAUUGAUGCUCAAACUUCACUGAACUAAAACACUAAACCUUACCAAACAUGUUGGGUCUAAGUUGUAGUAAAAAUGUCAAAGUACUUGAAAUAAGGUAAAACUAACAAGUAAGUUUUCAUCCAGGUAAACCAGCUUGUUUCCAGUAAAUAAAUGACCUAAAACAAGCUCUUAUAUCCUUCUGAAAUGUUACUUUUAAAUUAGUUUUGCUUUAUUUCAAGAGUGCAAAGAUAUUUGAACAACAAACUGGACAAAAAUACUUUAAUAAUUUGUGCUUUUGGAGUUUUGUGGGAUCAGUUUGGGUUUGCUGGUCGUGAAGGAAGAAUCAAACAACGCUGAAGAACUGGACGCCGUCCCACAGCAGUGCGUGACCUCAGCUUCAAGCACCAAACCAGAGGUAAUUACAGAUGGACUGGUCUGGUUUUGGCACAGAGGAUUUGGUUGGUUUUUCUGGGCCAGAACCCAAAAACACGACUGCUGCUCAACCCAUACAUCCGUUUCCUCACAGAUACGAAUCCAUCUAAAGAUUUUAUCACCAAAAAGCAUCAUUAGAAAACAAAUGACCAAAAAACACAAAUUUAUUAACCUUUUCUGCUGAGAUAUCAGAACAAAAACCCAAAACAUCAAACCUUCUCAGGGGAACAGAGCUGCUGUUUGGUCUGUUUGGACCAGUUUGUUCCGGUUUGUUCCGGUUUGGUCCAGUUUGUUCCGGUUUGGUCAGUUUGGUCGGUUUGGUCCAGUUUGUUCUGGUUUGGACCAGUUUGUUCUGGUGUGGUCAGUUUGGUCGGUUUGAUCCAGUUUGUUCCGGUUUGGUCGGUUUGGUCGGUUUGGUCCAGUUUGUUCUGGUUUGGACCAGUUUGAUCCAGUUUGUUCCGGUUUGGUCCGGAUUGGUUGGUUUGGUCGGUUUGGUCCAGUUUGUUCCGGUUUGAUCCAGUUUGUUCCGGUUUGGUCGGUUUGCUCGGUUCCUCGUUACAGAGACGCCUGAAUGAAACCGGUCUGUGGAGCGGAUGCUUGUUCUGAGGCAUAAACAGGCGGGUUAGUUGGUUCUCCUGGUUCUGCAGGUUUUUCUUGGACACUGGAGUCGUUUCUGCUCGGAGGUUUGAAGUUUUUAUUUCACCGGUUUGGAAACGGUCUGCUGGUUUUCUAAAUCUAAAUGUCCAUAAACGUUUCUUUGCUUAUUAAUUUAUUUCUUAUUUAUUUUCUUGCUUCGGGUGGAAGGACAGCUGGAUGCUGAGCGACGCGGCUCCUUAUCUAUUUGCACAAAGAAACUCAAACAGAGACGAACUGCUAGAGCAAUAACUGUUUGCUGGAACCUUGCAGGAGGUUUUGUAGGUCCGCUUUGACUCGGACGCCUUCCGGCCGGACAGGAUCCACUUCGACACUUUGAGCGCCGCCCUGAGGAACUCCUGUGGCGGUGCAGCACUGAUAUGGUGUGACUGUGGUCUCCAGCCAAUCCAACAUGGCCGACAGGAAGUGGAGAUGUUUGAUGAAGCUGUACAGCUCCGUCUGAGGAUCUUUACUAAACGACGCUUUAAUAAACACAUUUUAAAUACGACACAAAAUGAACAAAAAGGUUUUACUGGCACCGUCUGGACUCUAUUUCUACUCGAUCCGUGGAGGAUAGAUGACCAUGUAAUGAGGUAAAAACACUGCUGAACUCUGCUGAGGCGUUUCAGGUUGCAGUUGUGCUGAAGGGCUGUUUUCAGUAGCAAUAGACCCAGAGUGUGCCUGGAUACAUGAAGCCAACACGCCAAGCCAUGCUUUCCAUCCACUGGCUGACUGAUGAACUGACGUGUGGCCUGCUGGGUAACGAGUUAAAGCUCACGGUUUUUAAUCAUUAGCAGCUUCACAGCCCCCCUCCCCCCUUCCUCCACAAACAGCUGAAAUCAGGCGGCUGAUUGGAUCAUUAGCUGCUGAUAGUUUUACCUUCAGAAAGGUUCAGAUUCACUGAAACCAACAUUUUAUCACUAUGAGAAGUCCUCAGAACCCAGGAUCAGGUCUGUUAAUGAUUAGCUGCUCGGUGGUGAAGCGGUUCAUGGAGCAGGAGUUCAAAUCUUCAUGGAGGGCAGAUGAGCAUCAGCCCAGAAAUAUGAUUAUCAGGUUAGUUAGUUUCUGUAAUCUGUGUGCAGAGACGUCUGUCCUGUGUGUCUGUGAUGGACAGGAGACACGUCCAGGUCUGGACCAGCACCUGCUGCAGCAGACAGACU